AUGGUUACCCCGACGUCUCAUGGACGCCAUGGCAGGCAGAAUCGGUGUGUUCGUCAAAGGAGAGGCGUCGAGUCUAGUUUCGACACAACCAUGCAUUCAUGGUCCAACUUGAACGUAUCCCUUAGAGAAAGGAACAACCGACCCCUGAAGCCAACCACAAUGGAACAAGCUAUGUGCACCCUUCAAGCAAUGUCGGAUAUGGAGGAGAGACUUUUCUAUUUUGCCUGCAAGAAGUUACGGGAUCCAACCAAUCGAGCAAUGUUUCUGGUGAUUACUUCCGACGAGAGGCAUCGUCAUAUUAUUAAAAUAUGGAUUGAUGAGGGUCCUGGUGAUCAGAUGUCUUACGUAGACGAUAGUGACACGUACGAGGAAGAGGUGGAGGAUUUGCCCAAAGAUAUUGAUAGUGAUUUAGAGAAUAUAGAAGACAAUGAGGCCUUUGAAACAUCGUUAAUGGACUGUAUUGGGGCAAUUGACGGCACAAUUAUACCAGCUUGGGUCGGCGCAGGACAACAAGGAACCUACAAAUGUAGGAAAAGAUUUUUAACGCAAAAUGUUAUGUUGGCAUGCGAUUUCGACUUGAAGUUCACUCUUGUGUUAGCAGGCUGGGAAGACAGCGCAAAUGACGCACGGGUCUUUAAUGAUACAUUGUCGGACCCAACAUAUCGUUUCCCCUUCCCGCCACCCGGUAAUUCAACCCUGACAACAUUCCGAAGUUAUUUUACUUAA